UGGGUUCUCUCUCCGUCUCUGCCCAGCAGAUGCCUGCCCCCCAGGACUACCCCGAGCUGAUCCAGCAGCACCGGCAGGCCCUGCUUGGCUGGAUCAAGGGGAACCCCCACGCCCUGCUGCGUCGGCUCCACGACACCGAGGUGCUGAGCCAGACCGAGUACUUCGACCUGCUGGAGACGGCCCCCGAGAUGAACCAGGUCAUCGCGCUGCUGGACUGGGUCAGCCAGGGUGUCGAGCGGAGCCGGUGCUUCCUGGAGGCGCUGCGGGAGCUGCAGGAGGAGUACGGCGCCGAGCUCCAGCAAUGGCUGCAGGAGAAGUACCCGGAGGAAAAGAGACCGUGUCCUCCAUUGCAACCAGACAAUCCCAACCCUCCGAAAUCCAACCACACAUUCCUGCGGAAAAUCCUGCGGAAAAAAACCAAGAAGUAUGAGCCAACCCCAGAGCCGCCAGGUGAGGAGCGCACCGGGAAUCUGAACUUCCGAAAGGCCCCGAGCGCCCCGCUGAAAGCUGUCCUGCAGCGCCACCGGGCCUCUGUGCUGCGGCACACCCAGCAGCUGUGCACCAACACCUGUGACGCCCGCUCCUGCGGCCUCAUCGAGAUCCGCUACACCCCACUACUGCUGGACCACCCCGCCCCUGCCGCCCCCCCCGGGCACGAGCACCUGGCCCUGGCCGCCGCGCCCGCCUCCUCCCGCUCCACGCCCCCCGCCGGCUCCUCCUGCGCCACCUCCUGGCCCCGCUGCCCACCGAGACCCAGCCCCCCCGCCGGGUGGCCCUGAGCGGCGCCGCCGGCAUCGGCAA